ACACGGGCGUUGCCCCCGCGGCUCAGCGACGCGGGCCGCAAACCGCCGGCCCGCUCGCAGCCGGCACGGCGCACUCGUUGCCAGGGCAGCGGCUGUGCAGGCGGAGGUCCACGUAACCAAACUUGAAAAGGCUAUGCCUCUUCCAGACACCCUGUUUUGUGCUCAGCAGAUCAAAAUCCCCCCUGAGCUACCAGAUAUUAUGAAACAGUUCACUAAAGCUGCUAUUAGGACUCAGCCUCGUGAUGUUUUGCAAUGGUCAGCUGCGUACUUUACAGCACUGUCAAAAGGUGAGCCUCUUCCAGUGAAAGAGAGGAUUGAAAUACCUUCAGCAAAACAGAAAAUGGAUGCUGGUUUGACCCCAGGACUCCUUAAAGUCUUGCACAAACAGCUUUCCGCUAAAGGCACUGUAAGUGUUGCAGAACUGAAGGAAAAAUGGAAAGACUUGUGCUUGCCAGAGGAGCAGCUGGAAGCUAUCCUGCAGUUGGACAUCUUUGAUGAAGAGGUGGAGUGGUUAAAGAUUCUGGCACUUGGGUGCAGUGUGCUUGGUGAGUCCUUGCUGAGUUCAAUGAAACACGCCUGUGAAAUUUUAACACAGGACCCGGAAGGUGGAGCAGCUCGUAUUCCCUAUGAAACGUUCUCAUUCCUUUACUGCUAUUUGGCAAGUAUCGAUGGAGACAUACCAAAGGAGAAAAUCAAAGCUUUCCUCCAAAAGAUUAAAGAAGACGCUGACCAGCAAAGUGGCAUGGUAUUGCUCAGAAACUUUCAGAGCCAGCCCUCAACACAGUUUUGAUCAAGUUAACUCUUCAGCACCAGAUGAGGGUGGAAAAAAUGAAGUAAAUACACUACACAAAGAACCUCUUCUCCAGCACUCCUUUUUCUUUAUUUCAUUCUUGAAAUUGUCUCUUAUCAGAGUGAAUUGAACAUACUGUCAUAUUGUUUUUUCACUUCUGAAAUACUGCUGCUCACAGCUUGGGAGUGGUACUUUUGCUGAUUUGUUUAUAUUUAACCAAAUGUAUUUCAUGAAUCUUUCUACCUAGACUUUAUGAAUAGAAAAUUAAAUUUAGAGAAGACUAGA